AUGACGACCCGAAAACUUUGUCUGCUUCUGCAAGAAAAAGCCGAGAACGAACUAUUUGAGAAAUCAAAUAGAAUACCCUCGGAUAUUGAGGCUAUCAAGGAAUGGUUGAAGAAACAGCCACAUUUGCAAGCAGUUAAUCCAACUGAUCAAUGGUUGAUAGCGUUUUUAAGAGGGAACAAGUACAGUUUAGAAAGGACUAAAGAGAAAUGUGAAAUGUACUACACUCUGCGUACCAUAGUACCAGAAAUAUUCAGGGGUAGAGAUCCAAUGGACCCUUAUAUACAGGAGAUAUUAAAAUUAGGGGUUUUCCUACCACUAAAAUCAUGCAAAAGCGCAGAUGCUUGCAAGGCAACCAUUACCAGGUUCGGAGCCUCUGACUCUUCAAAAUAUCAUUUGCUUGAUAUUAUGAAAGUAAUGUUUAUGAUCAUUGAAAUACUUCUACUAGAGGAUGACAACUUCGUGGUUGCUGGAAUGGAUGUACUGUUUGAUAUGAAGGGAGUUGGCAUAAACAUUUUGAGUCAGUGGACUCCGACCAUUGCUAAAAAACUAAUAUUCUUGAUAGAGAAAGCUUUACCAGUGAGAAUGAAGAGUAGUCAUGUAAUAAAUAUACCUCCAGGUUUUGAAGCGGCUUAUAAUUUGUUUAAAGCUUUCGUAGCAGACAAAAUUAAACAACGGUUUCAUCUAUACAGCCAAAAUUAUGAUAGAAUGUACGAUACUCUGCCUCGAAAUAUUCUUCCAAAGGAAUAUGGUGGAGACGAUGGGUCUCUACAAGAACUAAUUGACUUCUGGAAAAGUAAGGUCGAAAGUUACCGCGACUGGUUCCUCAAAGAAGAAACUGAACGUUCAAAUGAAGCUCUGAGACCUGAUAAACCUAAAACUACUUCGAAUCUUUUUGGUGUGGAAGGAUCUUUUAGGAAGUUAGAUGUCGAUUAA